CUCCUGAUGCCGCACGUGCGGCUCAAACUUCAUUAGUCAUCUGAAAGCGAGGCGCGCGCGGACGGAUGGGAGAUAAAACAGAGCUGAGGAGUUUUCUAAAGAGUUGCCACCCUGGAAGCUCUGAGCUCUGAAGGCAGAAAUGGAAGCUCUUGAGCCCGCUGAGCUGCAGCUCAUCAAGAACCACUAUGAGAAAGCGUAUGAAUGCCUCAGCAUGGGACUGAGGGAGGAUGAAUCGGGGAACAAAGGCCGAGCUGUGGUGCUGUAUCGUCUGGGCCGCCGCCACCUCCUCCAGGGUCUGGAGGUGCGCACCACUGGUGAACGGUGUGUGGGAGCUGUCUGGGAAUCUGCUCGCCAGUUGCAGCUGAAGAUGAACGAGAGCCUCAGCAACAUCACCACUCGGCUGGCUGUGCUGGAGACCACCACAGGCCCAGGGGCCACAGGGGCCCAGGCGCUUUAUCCAAACCUGUCGUUCCUCCUGGAGCCUUGUAGACCUGCCAGUGCUAAGAGGCCCCAUGCUAACAGGAGGCUGUCCCCCACAGCUUCUGGAGGUGUUCCUUAUCUGCCAACCUCCCCAAACACAGCCUCAGAUGUACCCAGUGAGCUGCCCCCAGCAUACACCCCUCAGCCCACAGACGGGCACCUCUCACUUUCUCCAAGACCAAAUCAGGGUCCCCGCCAACAGAGUUUGACAGAGAGUGGCGAGGAUCUCUUGUUUCUGCCACACGGGGUGCAGAUAUUCUUUGUGACGGCCGAUGGCCAGGUCAGCACUCCUUUAUAUCCGGGAUAUCUCCGUAUCUUCUUAAACAGCAAGCAGAAUCGGGACAGCAGUGACUGCAGACAUCCUCCGGCUUACUUACAGGUGUGUGAUUGGCUCUACCCACUGUUUCCUGACUCGCCUGUCCUGCUUAGCAACACUGGUGUGUUCACAUUCCCUGAUACCACAGCAACAGUGCCGGGGUCCUGCGUCGGCGUGGUGCUGUCCCCAGAGCUGCCUGCAGCGGACAGAGCUCUCUUCCAGGAACACCUUUCAGUUCUUACGCAGCUCAGAGUACAGCCUGAAGAUGUUGAAUCAGAUGAACCUACAAGGAUGGACACCGUUAACCUGAGUGAAAAGGCUCUCAACGAUUCUGCAGAUGAGACAGACCUAGAACAAGCAAAAGAGGAGAAGGUCUUGCCUGAAUGGAGUGAGAAGAUGUCACAGGGCAUUCUGGCAGGGGCUUCGUGGCUCAGUCGAGGACUUGUGCAGGGAGCAGAGGCCACAGGAAAAGCCAUUUCGAAAGGAGCCACGAAACUGCGUGAACACAUGACCCCGGAGGAAACACCGGCGGAGGUCAACCCCAGGGUCACCAGGGGUCUGCAGGUAGCCAAGCAGGCCACAGGGGGCGCGGCCAAAGUCAGUAAUUUUUUGGUUGGUGGCCUCUCCUCUGUGGUUGAACUUGUGGGCAAGGAGCUGACUCCUCACGUCAAAAAGCAUAGCAGCAAACUCAUCCCAGAAUCCUUUAAGACAAAUAAAGAAGCCUGCGCCAACAUGGGUGGAGCCAAAGCGGUGGCAGCAAGUAGCCUAAAAGGUUUGUCAACCAUAUGGUCAGGUCUGGAGACGGCGGCGAAGACAGUCGGUAAAAGCGCCAGCUCUGAGACGGUGCAGACUGUGAAGCACAAGUAUGGGGAUCAGGCCAGCCAGGCUACAGACACUGCUGUCCAAUCAGUGUUCAAUGUGGGCGUCACAGCCUUCAACAUAGACAACUUUGGCCUGAAGGCUGUACUGAAGGGUGCAGGGAAGCAGACCGCAAAAGCCAUACAAGAGGAGGACAACCCCACAGAGCUGGAGCCACAACCAGAGUCGGAGAAGACACCUAAACAAGAGAAGAAAGAGAAAAAUUAAGAUGCUGUUAAUGGGACACCAUUCGCUCUUACAGAAAUGUGUAAUGCACACAAAUGUAUUUUACAGUCUUCUUACUGUAGUAACUCUUACAGUUUACUAAUAAUAUUUUGGAAAUGUGUUGAAAGGUUCUACUCGUGAUAAUUUCUUACUGCAUUUAUUUAAUUUACUGCUUUACUUAUGAAUUAAUAGUGUUUCGGUCAAAAGCUAUCUGAUAUGCAGUGUUGGAAGGGUCACUUUAAAAAUGUAUUCCGUUAUAGAUUACUGAUUACCUGUAAAAGAAAAUGAAACUGUAACAAAUCCAAAGGAUAACUUUAUUACAGUAAUGUAAUUGCUUUCUUUUACUUAUUGAAUACUUGCAUUUUUAAAGCCAUAUAUAAGACAUACAUUCAAAUAAAGUUAACAGAGUUAAUAAAGAAAUUAUUACACGUUGAGUAAUAUAAAA